AUGGCCAGAAAAGUGCCUUCCAUCUCCCCCCUUUGUUUCCAUUUCAUCAUUGUUUUAAGUUUUGUUGCAACGGCUAUCCAUUCAUCGACCCUGGACUCUGAUAUUCAAGCACUCCGCAGCCUGAGGCACGCCAUUGAUCCCACCUCAAUCUCUCCAACAACUUUCCUUAGUAGUUGGGACUUCAUGGUGGAUCCAUGCGAAAGUACUGGUGAGCAGUUUCUGGGAAUUUUAUGUAGUAAUCCUCUAGACAAUGUAUCUAGCAGGGUUAUCGCAAUUGAUCUUGAUGGUGUUCAAUAUGAUGGGUUUCUGACACCAUCAAUCGGGAACCUAUCGGAGCUCACCACCCUCAACCUAAGCAAGAACAAGUUCCGAAGAACAAUACCGGAAACCAUCUCCAACCUUAAAAAGCUCACCACACUUUCGAUGGCAGACAACUAUCUCACCGGCACCAUUCCUGACUCAAUUACUUUGCUCAAGAAUAUUGAACGUCUCGACCUUUCGGGAAACAGGAUUUCUGGAUCAGUUCCAGUCAAUAUAUCUGGGUUACGAGGCUUAACGUAUUUAAGCUUGGCAGGCAACGCUCUCACAGGCACCAUUCCUGACCUAACAGGCUUAUGGCAACUCAAGACUUUAGACCUCAGCGCCAACCAGUUCUAUGGAUAUCUACCUGAUCUUCCUGUGAGAUUGACAACACUCUCCGUAAACCAUAACAUACUUUCAGGCCAUGUUUCACCGGUUAAAAAGCUCAAAAACCUUAUUCGGCUGGAUGUAAGUGACAACAGGUUUUCAGGUCUGAUUAGCGACGACAUCCUUUCAUUAACACGGCUGGUUUACCUAAAUGUUUCAAAUAACCGCUUCGAGGGCAUAGAGACGACCAACCUUUCUGAAGAAGAGACGCAGCUUCAAGUGCUUGACGCAGAAAAUAACCAGUUCCAUGGUCGCUUACCUCCCAAGCUAGUCACAAUUCAGAACUUGACCCAUAUUAACUUCGCACAUAAUCAGUUCACUGGUCCCAUACCGAGGGAAUAUGGGGAAAGACUGGAGCGACUCUGGAGAAUCCUCUACUUGAAUAACAACUUUCUCUCAGGACAUCUUCCACCGGAAUUCAUUACUCACACAAGGAGGGUUAGAGGCAACCUCUCAAGGAAUUGCCUUAGGUGUCCAACCAUCAUACCAUUGUGCCACGGAGGGCAAAGGCCAUUUUCAGAAUGCCUUAGGCAGACCAAUGGAAGCAAAUGA